UUCACCUGUGAACAGGAUCCCACCCUCCACAGCUCACACCAUGGCCCGCUCUUGCUGCUCCUCUUGCUGCAAGCCUACCUGCUGCAAGACCAUCGGCUGGAAACCAGCCUGUGGGACCAGCUGUGGCAGCACAUCCUGCCGUCCACCUAGAAGCUGUGGGUCCAGCUCUUGUGGGAAAACCAGCAGUGGGUCCAGCUGCUGCCAGCCAAGCUGUCCCCCAACUUGCUGUGAAACCACCUGCUGUAAGCCAGCCUGUGUGGUCAGCUGCUGCAGCACACCCUGCUGUGAGCCCAGCUGCUGUGAGCCUUGCUGCUGCAUCAUUCCCUGCUGCCAGCCCUGCUGCUGUGUGUUCACCUGCUGCCAGCCAGGCUGCUGCCAGCCCUGCUGCCCUCCUACUUGCUCUCAAACCACCUGCUAUAAAACCACCUGCUCUAAAAAAACCCAUGUGACCCGCUGCUGCAGCACACCCUGCUGCCAGCCCUGCUUCUGUGUGUGCAGCUGCUGCAAACCUUGCUGCUCGUGAUCAACUCCCUAAAGACCAGCAUCUAUCUGCACAAACUCCUCUCAACCUAUUUGCCUUACCUACACCAAUUCUCUUCCUACCUGGGCUGAAGAUCAUCAAGAUGUCACCCAUGUAAAAAUUUGUGAAUCACCUCCAGGGAGUGCAGACCACUCCACACCUGUCUUCUUCUUCCUUCGUCCUUGUGCAUCUUAUGCCUGCUGCAUAGGUCCUUGUUGGCGAGGUGUGAUCUUGGCUGAAAUUAUGAAGCCAAUAUCUUUACCUCUCCAUCUAAAGCACACAGGAACGGGCUUCAGAAUUUCACAGGUGUAUGCAAAUGCUUCUUUAUCUUUGGAGUCAUGAUUUCUUUUGCAUUGUCUUCCAUACUUCUAUAUACUGGUUUCUCCUGUCAUAGUCACCUUCAGUUGCCUCCCUAGGUACAGCCAAAUUCUGUAAAUUCUUAAUAAAAACUGGACCUUUA